AUGUCGGCACCACUUUCUCGCGCAGCUGGCCAGGUCAUGGCAAGGAGACUCUUCUCUUCUACGGCCCGUGUCAACUCGGUCCACGCCAGCGCUUCCCAGGAGCUGCGGGCUCUAUUCAAGAAGAGCACGACCGAGUCGCAACCCACAGACUGGGGCAGAAUCAUCCGAUCCCGUGCCAGCACGUUAGUCCUCUACGCUGGCGGCAUGGGCACUGUCCUGUUCUGGCCUCUGGGUGCUGCCUGGGCCCUGGACGGCAGAAUGUGA